AUGACGGCUCCGCGUGCUCAGCUGCUGCUCAGAUUGGCUCAUCGCGCACAUGUACGCGCAGCGCGACCACUCCCGCUUCGAUUCGCCUCGUCCUCGUCCUCCCCUUCCCCGUCCGCCGACCCGCACCCAAUCCUCUCCGAACUGCGCAGGAAGGGAGCCACGGCUUCGUCAGCCAACUCUGGGCCGCACCUCGGGCCCUUCCCCAUGCCGAACGCGGAGCGCGAGGCCCGCAUCGCAGACUCGCAGCGAAAGUGGGCGCAGAUGGGAGGUGCUGAGCGGGCUGGGGUGGUUGCGACGCAGUCGGCGAGCUUUGUCGUUGUCGCAUGUGGCGCAGGACUCUUCCUCCUCGUCAUCUACGCGUUCAGCAGCGAACUCUUCGGCGAGGCAAGCCCAACGAGGAUCUUCGAGGACUGCGCCGACCGCGUCAAGGCGGACGAGGAGCUGCAAACGAUGCUCGCCCCUCCACUCUCUUUCCACGGCUCAUCCUCCGGCUCCCGCGUCCGCCGAAACCGCCGCAUCUCGCAUUCAAUGUCGAAAGACCCCUCAACAGGUCUCGAGACGCUCUUCGUCCGGUUCUACGUCGAAGGAACCGACCCUCUCGCAGCCGAAGCUGCAGCAAACGAGAGCUGGCUCGACUGGGCGAAGCGGUGGAUCGGUCCGGCCGUUUGGGAGGACUCGCAUAACCCCGGGACGUAUCGACCAAAGCUUUCGAGCGGGUUGACGGAAGAGGAAGAGGAGGCGCGCAUCGAGGCGGAGCGACGGAAGAAGCUGGAUGAGGAACGACGGAGAUCUUGGGGAGGUUGGCUGAGCAGCUCGGUCAGUUCAGCGUUAGGACCGGUGUUUGGUGGCGUCAAGGGCUUGCGAGGGGGCGCAGGGCCGGAAGAUGGUGCGCCGUCGAGCGGACGAGGGUUCUUCAGUCGGCAGAAGAAGCCUCGACUGGGCGAGUACACGACUGGAGAGGUCGUCGCCGAGCUGCGGAAGGACCCCACAACCGGACAUUUCGUCUACGAGCAGCUCUUUGUCGCCAUUCCCGAUACUCGCGCGCCCAACUACUACCGUCACAACAUCAACACGACCACCGUCGUCCCCUCACAGGAGAAGGCGCUCGACCGGCUGCGGUUCUGGAACAGGACGAAGACGGCGUAG